GUUGAAAGGAAAGAGAUGUCACUUUUCUAUGACAUGUGUCAAGAAGUGGUUGAAAGUGAAUGUCAGAUAGGUGAUGGACAGAAUUUGUUUACAAAAGACGUGACAGUGAUCGAAGGAGAAGUUGCAACCAUCAGCUGCCAAGUCAAUAAGAGUGACGACUCUGUGAUUCAACUCCUGAAUCCCAACAGGCAGACCAUUUAUUUCAGGGACUUCAGGCCUUUGAAAGACAGCAGGUUUCAGUUGCUGAAUUUUUCUAGCAGUGAACUCAAAGUGUCGUUGACAAACGUCUCAAUUUCUGAUGAAGGGCGAUACUUCUGCCAGCUCUACACUGACCCCCCACAGGAAAGUUACACCACCAUCACCGUCCUGGUCCCACCGCGUAACCUGAUGAUCGAUAUCCAGAAAGACACUGCCGUGGAAGGCGAGGAGAUUGAAGUCAACUGCACUGCCAUGGCCAGCAAACCAGCCACGACUAUUAGAUGGUUCAAAGGGAACAAAGAGCUCAAAGGCAAAUCGGAGGUAGAAGAGUGGUCGGACAUGUACACUGUGACCAGUCAGCUGAUGCUGAAGGUGCACAAGGAGGAUGAUGGGGUCCCCGUUAUCUGUCAGGUGGAGCACCCUGCUGUCACUGGCAACUUGCAGACCCAGCGGUAUCUAGAAGUACAGUAUAAGCCUCAAGUGCAUAUUCAGAUGACUUAUCCUCUACAAGGUCUAACCCGUGAAGGGGACGCGCUUGAGUUAACAUGUGAAGCCAUCGGGAAGCCCCAGCCUGUGAUGGUAACUUGGGUGAGAGUGGAUGAUGAAAUGCCUCAACACGCUGUACUGUCUGGGCCCAACCUGUUCAUCAAUAACCUAAACAAAACAGAUAAUGGUACAUACCGCUGUGAGGCUUCAAACACAGUGGGGAAAGCUCAUUCGGAUUAUAUGCUGUAUGUAUACGAUCCCCCCACAACUAUCCCUCCUCCCACAACAACCACCACCACCACCACCACCACCACCACCACCACCACCACCAUGCUUACCAUCAUCACAGACACAACGGCGACGACAGAACCAGCAGUUCACGGCCUUACUCAGUUGCCCAAUUCCGCAGAAGAACUGGACAGUGAGGACCUCUCAGAUUCUCGAGCAGGUGAAGAAGGCUCAAUAAGGGCGGUGGAUCAUGCCGUGAUUGGCGGCGUCGUGGCUGUGGUGGUGUUCGCCAUGCUGUGCUUGCUCAUCAUUCUGGGGCGCUAUUUUGCCAGACAUAAAGCACCCACAAGUCUUUGGCUGUGGCGCCCUUUGUCUCACCACUCACCUGCAGCAGCCGUGGGAUCUGAAAAACAGCCAGUACCUGCAGAAGAGGAAGGAAAAGAACACUACCAAGUAGAGAAGAACUCCCAGGACACCAGCUGCUGAAAGCUAAGACCAGGUCCACCAGCCUGGGUGCUCCAGAGACAAGACAGCUAUGUUGGAGGUCACCACUGCCAUCCACAUAAGGGUGGGGUCUUCCUGUCCCUGUGCAGCACCCCAAGUGGCCAUCAGAAAUGCCAAAAAGUGGCAUAGUCAGUGCUUCUAGCUUCAGCUAUGAAGCCCUGACACCAUCACCAUGUCCUGGCUCUCAACCUAGCCCUUAGUUAGGAACCUCUGGGCAUGACCCUCCAGUUGGCAGGUCAAGAGGGAGUGGCUUCGCACAAGGUCUCAAGUGUUGGGAAGGCUGCAAGAAUGAAGCUACCGCAGGGUUGUAGCUUUCAGACUGUUUACUCAAAUGCUCAUCAAAAGCCAUGUAUCUCCCCAAUGGUGCCUGGAAAGAAAGGUAGAGGGCACGGCUGGCUACACCAGCCACAUAUCUCUCCCUUUCAUUGUAGCUGCAGCCACAAGCACCCCCAGCUGAGUGCCACUACUCCCCGACUGUUUUCUUUCUCAGCUUCUCCUAAAUGGAAGCCAUUAAUCAUACUAAAUUGUGCAAUGAUUCCAAGAUAGGGAGAAUGCUGAUGGCAAAAAUCAUUCUCCUUUGUUGUGCCAGGCAGGCAAAAGGCAGAAGUAUUAGCUCGUUGCCCUGCCUGGCUUCUUGCAAAUGCUGACCAUGUGUUUGCCCACACAGCUGCCUCUAUGCACACAGCUUAUUUUAGCAUUGGUCUCAGGCAUCCCAAGUGUUGACAGAAAACAAGGCACCCAGCUACUUCUUCCUGAUUGUGAGGACUGUUGGGAAGACUUGUAACUGGGGCACACCCCUCCCUUGCAGUCUUUCCCAUCUCAAGGUUCCCAGACUGGGGAGGGUGGGUAUAGGCUUUAUGUGGCGAACCCACGGUGGUCUCAGAUGGAGUGAACUGGUAAGGUAGGCUGCACCCCCCCACACACACACACAUCUGCCAUCUGGGUUGCAGAAGCAGCCAGGUGUGGGUACCAAGGAGGCUUUUUGCCUUUCAGAAUUUGAUGUGUGCUUCGCUUUCGACAAGCCUCUUUGUAAGCCACCCCUUCUGAAUUAGAAUCAUUUUCCAAAAGCUCUUAAGCUAUGAUUAAUGCCAGGGCUGUUUUUAACAAUCAUCCUGCCAGUCUUAAGCUGUAGUCAUUUUCAAUAAUUUGGAGUGCUCAACGGCAAGCCAGGAGUUUGUUGACAACAAAACCCAUAAGAGCACAGCCAGGCAGCCACAAAAGAUGGAAAAGCAAGGGGACCAUUUGGGCUUAGCUGGCUUUCUGCUCCCAGAGUUUCACCACUAAAAGUUUGAUUGAACGCUCACAAUGCAUUAAGGAUCCAACUGUGAACAUGGCUGGGCAAGAGGGCUGCCAGCCUGGCUUUUGUGUGAACAAAUGAGCAGCAUGUUUGGAGGGCUUCUGGUUUAUUUAUGGACAUGUGUGCUUCAUUCAUGCCAUCCCAAACCAGAGCAUCAUCUUUUGUCUUCCCUUUGCCAACACUGAAGACCAAGUACUCUUGUUCCCUUGUGGCACUGUUUACUUCCCACAAAUGCUGAGCAAGUCCCUGGCCAGAAUAUGGGAUUCCUUCUCCAUGGAUGGCCCAGCCGUUUCCCCAGCCAUGUGUGUUAAACUUGCCCUCUCUUUCUAGUCUUGGCAGUUUCAUGCUAGAGUAUCCAUCUGUUUGAAAAGCCCAAACUGAAGGAAGCUAUGGCUUGCUACAUCCAUGAUCACAGACUUACUUAGACUUGGCUUUGGAUGGCACUUUAUUUCUAGCUCAUUACUUCUGCUAGGAAAACGUCGGCUCUGGGUGACAGAAGUUUAACCCAAUGAAUUUGGUGUGAUUGAUAGAUACUUGCAUCUCAAUUCAAUCCUGCCACCACACUAGCUGUCAUGAAGGUGUGUUACUAGCCAGGGAGAAUGCAGACUGGUGGUGAUAGGUGAGAGCUUUCAUUAGCUGACUUCCAAUAAGCUCUCUUCAACCAUGAAACACAACAGGAUUCCCAGUUCUGAUCUCAACUUGACCUUAGAGGUAUCAAUCAGCUCUCUCUCUCUCAUCCCUCUCCCUUCUCCAAUUGGUCCCUCUCCCCUCUCGCUUGACUGCAAGCCCCUUUUGAAGUAGAAUGAGCAGAUUGCUAGUGGCUGCUCUCUAGAGCCAUAUUUCUAUCUUAGGGCUGCCCCAAACAAAUACCAUAAUCUACUCGUGACUCUGCAUGGCUGCAGUUUACCCACCUCAUAAGAGCAUCACUGGAUUUUCUUGGCAACUUCUCAAAGACUAGUGGGAACUCAUCCUGCCUAGCCUGGCGUGUGCUUUAGGGUCAUGAAGUUUUACUCCUUCCCUUAUAUCCCUCUCAGUUAACAGCAUUUUCCAUCUCCCAGCCCAGCAACCUCAGAGCCACUCCACUUCCAAAUUCCUGCCUAUUUUUCCUUAAAUGCUUCGCAAGCUUGGCCCAAACUCAUCAUUUCCAUGUUAUAUUGCCUCAUUGUGGUCCUAAAAGGAGCCUUCAACCAAAGGAAUGUAGCAACCUCUCCAGGCUUCCCUGUCCCUGUCCCCCAGCCCAUUGUCAGUCCUAAAGCCAAGUGUACCAGGUCCCUCCCUUGCUUGGAAACAACACUCGGCUGACAUUUGACUACAGAAUAAAUUCAAAUCCUCACAACAUGCCAUCAGCUUAGUCUGGCCUUUCUGUCUCACACUGUGACCCGCCCCCACUCAUGCCCAGACCCAGACCCUCGCCCUAUAAUUGCUAAGCUUUAUUUCAGCACCAUUCACACCUCUGUGCCUUGGGGUACUCCGGGGGUGUCUUCCUCCCUGGAGGUGGAUUCAGGUUCUUUCUGUGUUUUCUCAAUUCUUCAUACUUGCCUCUCCAUUUGUGUCCUUAUCGCAUGUCUGGACAGUUUGUUUACCUAUCUGUCUCCCUCGAUAAACAGUAAAUUCCUUGGGAGUAGAGAAUGAAUCUGAUCCAGCUCUGUAUCUCCAAAGCCAAGUAUAGUACCUGGCCCUUUGCUCAGUAAAUUAUUAAUAAAUGAAUAAUGAGAAGUUUUUUCAUCUAUAGUUGGAUUGGUCUUUCAUGUGUCCUUCUCUUUCCUAGAAAUAUCCUGGUAAGGCCUGCUCUGUUCUUUCUAACUAGAAGUACUAAAGUUUCUCAAACUCCCACUGCCUGCUUUGUUACAUUUUCACUUUGGCUUAGUUUUGAUUUUGUUUCUUUUCAUCCUGAUCAACACUGUUUUUUUCCCAUCCCUGCCUUCUAAUUUAGAAGGCUAUUUUACCCACUAAGGUCAAUAUAUGCACUAAAAGCGUUUUCAGGGUCUGUGAACACAUUUAAGACCUGGAAAGAAAAAAAUAGGAGUUCCAAAAUUCAGAGAAGACCAGAAAACUGUCAGAUCAGAUUUAUUAGAUUUUUUCAUUAAAUAUCUAUAAAACCACAACAGUGUCAACCAAUCUGCAACCAAGCUGGUAAAUAAUCGGGUAUAAAGUGUAUUCAACAUGGGGGUGGGUUGUAUUUGACAUACUGUGGAACAGUGCCUCUGUGAAUUGAGGUUCUAGGCCCUGCAAACGUUUUCAAACAUUUCUGCUCUCUCCUUUCUUGUUCUCUUGUUCUGCUCUCUGAAUCUUGCACCUAACUCUGAGUACUCAGAACAGGUCCUGGAGGGAUCCAGUCCAGGAAAAGCUAAAACCUGCCAAGAGGGCAGCAUAUACCUGUUUUCGUGAGCCAUCAACCCCCUUCUUUCCAAGCUGAUACUUUGCCAGAAACUGACAAAUGCACCCUGGGGGCUCAGGAUGGAAAGCUGAGCUGCCCCAGAUCUGCAUAAAGCCUUUUAGACUCAUUAGCAGCUGAUCCUUGUGGGUUGAGCGGCAGCAAUAUGCAGAGAUGUCUGACCUGCACACCCAGCUUCCAAGCUGUACUGCAGAUUGUUGGGGCAGACACCCUGGGCUUUGAAGGGCAGGUGACUUCUCUGCCCUGCUGCUGUUUUCCAGCUCUUGGUUUUUGUUUUGGUGUGUGGGAGGAGGAGAGCUGGUGGUGAUGAGCUCCAACUCCAGGAGCCAGUAUUCAUGAGUAGUGUUUCCAGCUGUGCCUCUGAUUCAGCCAGUGACCUUGGGCAAAUCUCUUCCUCCCUUGGCCGGCUCUCCGUCUAUAAAGAGCCUCCAUCUCAAAUUGUUUCGGGUUAUUUGUUUGUAAAGUACUUUGACAUCUCAGAUCUAAAGUACAGUAAAGAGCAAAAAUACUGCUGUUAUUAUAGUGCAUUUAAAACCCCAAAUAAAAUGUGUUGCUUGCUCUUGGGUUGAAAAUUAACAAGCUUGUAAUAAUUGAUAACUAAUUGCACUGUAGCUUUACAGUGUCUUUGCCAUCCUGGGAUCAUCCAAUUUUUACCUUUU